AUGCAGAACAUCAUUAGUGCCAAGUGUCUGAAAGCUGUCGAAAACAUUCCCGUCACAGCGCAACUGGAGUGCUCCCUAACAACCCCGAGCAUUAUGCUGCUGCUCCCUGAGCAGGCCGCCAGGCUGAGCCCCACAGCAGCCGGCUCGUCUUCGCUCGCCUCCGUCGCUCGGGUCUCCAGGCCUGAAAGCGAGCAGCUCACCUCUGGGAGAAAGAGGAAGCAUGCGUCUGAUGGCAUCCCUGUGAAAAAGUCCAAACUGGAAGACAUCCCGUCACAGUCUCCACUUGGUGACAAAGAGAAGCAGCACGACUGGCUGCAGUCUCUGUCUGCCUCAAGCAAGGGGAUCAACUGCCUGCAGCCCAGACAGAGACCUUCAGCUUUCAGACCAUGGUCUCCUCACAUCUCUGCUGGGGAGAAGGAGCCGCCCCCCCACCCUCUGGCUCUGCUGAGAGACAGCUUCUACAACUACAAGAGCCUCGAGAAUGCUGUGGCCCCCAACGUGGCCCUCACGCCACUCCCUCUGGGGAAGGCGGGGCCCACAUCCCCGCCUGCCGCCAACACGUCCCAGCCUUCAGAUGAGGGUGCCAGCCACAGCUCCAGACCUCGUAAGAGAAGAGCUACGGAGGAGCUGCCGGCUCCAGCUCCAGAGGGCCCUUGCCCCCCACCUGCUGCCUCCUGCCGGCCCCCACCGCAGGAUGACAAGGACUCCGAGGUGGAAGUGGAGGUGGAGAGCCGUGAUGACUUCACGUCCUCCAUGUCCUCCCUGUCCUCGCCGUCCUUCACCUCAUCCAGCAGCUCCGCCAAGGACCUGAGCUCACCGGGUGCCCAAGGGCCGGUCUGCACCGUCACGUUGGCGGAAUGCUCCGCCCCUGCCGCUGCAGUCCCCGCUGUGGCCGUGGCGCCUUUGGAGCUGGGGCUGGAGUCAGAGCUGGAGAGCCUCAGGCAGGCGCUGGACGGCGGGCUGGACUCCAAGGAGUCGAAGGAGAAGUUCCUACAUGAGAUCGUGAAGAUGAGAGUGAAGCAGGAGGAGAAGCUGGGCUCAGCCCUGCAGGCCAAGCGGAGCCUCCAGCAGGAGCUGGAAUUCCUGCGGGUGGCGAAGAAGGAGAAGCUCCGAGAGGCGACCGAGGCCAAGCGCAGCCUGAGGAAGGAAAUCGAGCGUCUGCGAGCCGAGAGCGAGAAGAAGAUGAAGGAGGCGAACGAGUCACGGAUCCGUCUGAAGAGGGAGCUGGAGCAGGCGCGGCAGCUGAGGGUCUGCGAUAAAGGCUGCGAGGCCGGCCGUCUCCGCGCCAAAUACUCCGCACAGAUCGAGGACCUCCAGAUGAAGCUGCAGCAUGCCGAGGCUGACCGCGAGCAGCUCAGAGCCGACCUGCUGCAGGAGCGGGAGGCCAGAGAGCACCUGGAGAGGGUGGUAAAGGAGCUCCAACAGCAGCUCUGGCCCAAACCUGGCAGCAAAGAAGCGGCCCCUAACAAGUAACCCCGAGACAAGCAUCGGCACUCAAUCAUUCCCCCUCAUUGCUCUCAUCCCAUCUGACACAGCCUGCUGCUCCAGCAGCUCUGGGCCGACCCACGGCACCACCGUCACCGACACCUGAACCCAAAUCGUCCAGAAGACAGAGAAAACGUUCCCAUCAGAGGAAACACGCAGGUGUUUUCUGAUCCAGACCCAUGAAGAGUUAAGGGGAGAGCAGAAGCAGCCAGGGGAUACGCGUUUCUAAAUCCAGCACUGACUGACUCACCGUUCACUCUCAGACCUGCAAACAGACGAGGAUGCAGCUGCGCCCGCCAGAAAACGAAACCAGACUCUCACGCCGCACUAACAAACUGCUGGAAGGCCAUCAUGACAUCACAGCUGCAGCGAGGGGCCACAGCCUAGAGGGCGGGGCCGGGGCCGGCCCCUCCAAAUAAAAGGCUUCCAGCGUCGGCUCACGGCUGGAAGCAGGCAGAGGCUCUUCAAGACAUUAUAAGCUAUCUAGAGACUACAUAGUGAUAUGGACAGGAAAAAAAAAUGCUUUCAUCAGUGCUGGUGGAGUGGAAACAAAUGAAUAUGAUAGACAAUAAAUGUAAAA